ACGUGCAAAAAUUUCUUCAGCAUGUUUCUUGUACAUGAUUUUGGCAUGCACCCAUUUCACGUAGUAUCAGCAAAAGCAGUCAAUUGCUUGUCUUCAUACAUUUUUUUGGCUGAUCAGAUCUCUUGUAGAUCCUACGUUGGCAGCGUUUAUCGUAUGCGGUCCCUUGCAGUUUCUGGUUACCUACUGACAACUGUUAAUAGAGGCAACGCUGACAGACAAUUCUCAUAAAUAUUUGCUAACCGUGUUAGCUCAGGUUAUCCCCCAAACUAAUACGUGUUAAAGAUAGUGAAAUUGUCAUGAGCAUUCUACCACCUGUUACCCAAGCUGUAUAAAUAAAAGGUCACAUUCUGCAUCCGCAGUUACGUUCAAAAUUAAAUUAUAGGAGAAGACACAACUAGCUACCUCUCAGAAUGGCGGGCCAGAUUCUUAAGAGAAUUUUAUUUCUUUUGUUAUUUCCCUGUUUUUGUGAAAUGCUGGUUUGUGGGACCGACAAUGAGUGUGCCUUUUGUCAACUUCUGAAAACACUGGUCAACAAACAGAAAGACCUCGAGAAAAAGAUCGACUUGCUGCUGGGAGCCAAACGCAACUGUUCGGAAGUAAAUAGAAAAGACUGUGCCGACAUCUACAGCUGCGGUCAAACUGUCAGCGGUGUGUAUACAAUCCACCCUGACGGCCAACAGCCCUUUGAUGUAUUUUGUGACCAGACCACUGCCGGUGGAGGCUGGACGGUAUUUCAAAAGAGACUGGACGGCUCUGUUGAUUUCUACCGUGGCUGGAAUGACUACAAAGCGGGGUUUGGGCACUUGAAUGGCGAGUAUUGGCUGGGACUUGAUAAGCUGAACAAGCUAACCUCGAACAACCACAAGAGAUACAAACUGCGCGUGGAUUUGGAGGAUACUGCAGGAAACACGGCGUUUGCCGAGUACGGUUAUUUUGCUGUGUCCAGUGAACAAUCCAAGUAUCAGAUGAGUCUUGGGACUUACCACGGUACUGCUGGUGAUUCCUUAUCUUAUCACAAACGUUUUCCAUUCUCAACAAAAGACCGUGACAAUGACUCGUAUGGAGGUAACUGCGCUGUUAGCUUUCAUGGUGCAUGGUGGUAUGGCGCAUGUCACAACUCCAAUUUGAAUGGUCGCUACCUUCAUGGCGCCCAUGCCUCUCACGCCAAUGGAGUAAAUUGGGAGACCUGGAAAGGAGACAACUACUCUGCUAAACGCGCAGAGAUGAAAAUUCGACCCGAUGAUUGGAUUUCCUCAUAAACAUCACAGAAGCGGUUUAUACCCGUUGCCCUGUGGUUUGAACUAAACUGGUCCAUAGAGGUCGUCAGAAUUAGAGUAUAGCUGUUAAUGUUACAGUUGAUUUUACUGUAAUGGAACAUUAACCUUCUGCCAAUAAAGCUGUUGGUUUAAUUAUCAUCACGAAAUAAAAUCCCUGAGGUCUCUCUGGUCUCUCUGCUAUUGUGAAUGUCUGCUGGAAAUUGUUAUUAAGUUUGAAAUAAUAGACCUUCUCGGGGUUUUGGAAGCCAUCUUGACGGUAGGCAACAGCGUCAGAAAUUACAGUGUUAGUAUGGAAGAUUUGUCAAACGAGUAGCACUGGGCACGACAAUGCUCCCGCCUGGGUUCAACCCCCAUAGCGAGUUCAGGGACUGGACUAACUAGAAAAAGGAUUGUAUCGACCAAAUUUGAGGGAUGUAGCUGUACCAAAAAGCACCAGUUGUGUAUUGAAUUUACCAUAAAUUUGUCUGAUUUUCCUUUUGUGAACUUGUACCUGGUUUACAAGUUCUGUGGUGGAUCCAGACCUUGAGCUAAGGGGGGCGGUUUUGUUUUGCUUGCCCUGCCGACUUUUCUUCUGUCUUUUUCUACCCAAGAUAAGGGAGGGGGGGCCUCCAGGCCCCUCCCCUCGAUCCACCACUGAAGUUUGUGCCACUUUGCUGUAAAUUCAGCUCUAAAUGUUUUGUAAUUGCUGGUUCUGAGCAUCUGGUUGCAGAUGACAGUAAAUUCCUCCAUCUGAUAAUUUUUUAUUCCAUGCACCCACUUGUCUGACGAGAUAGCAUUGUUGUAAAAAGAAACUGCAUGUUGAGGUUGGAACCAUCAGGGAGUGAAAUCAGGGUGGUGAAAACUGGGUAAAAGGUGUAAAAAGUGGGCAUCUCCCUGUUAAAACACUGUGUUCCUGAC